UUUAACUUUUAACUUGUAGAUCGAAACGAUGCGUUUUGAACGAAGCAAAAAGAUGCGACAACGUUCAAAUGAUCACUGCCCUUCUCUCCACGUCUACAUAAAAACUUGAACUGAAAAUUUUCCCGAGAACCAAACACCUAGCUUAUGACACUGUACAGGCCACAUCACCCACAGAAAUGCCUUCAAAUCCAGAACAUUAGUGUUCUUCUAAUCAUCAAUGGACAAAGAAUCUCAACUCCUCUCGCGCCUAGCCGUAAACCACCUCUUCCUCGCCCAAUUCGAACCCUUCCGAGCUGCUCUCCUUACUCUCCAAAUCCGAAACCCUAGCCUCGCCCGAGCCAUCCUGCAAACCAUCGUAGCCCAUGGCGCGCGCUUCGAUUCCAUCCUCUGGUCACAGUCUUGCCCCUCGCCAUCUCUACUGACAUGGCUAUCCACUAUCGAGCUCCUCCAAUUUAGCGAUUCUUCAUCUCUAUGGAGUUUUGAUUCCGAAAGCCUGAGGCUUCGCGCUGAAUUUCUCUUGUUGGUUCAUACUGUGAGCUCUAGGGUUUCGGAGAGUGCCAGGAAGGUGAUUGAUUUGGAUAGCAUUGAAAAGGAUGGGUUGAACGAGGGUUUUGAAUCACGCGCUGAUUUAUUGGAGCAGCGCGAAGAAUUGCGGGAUACCAGUGAUGGGUUGGUGGAUUUGGUGCCGGUUCUGGAUCGUAUUGCAGAUUUGGGGCUGAGGCGAUUGAAGCCGGACGUAGGCGUUAGUGAUGGCAGUGGAAUUAAUGCAAAUCAGGGAGAUACGAUUUUUGAGGAAACGGAGUUCAUGGGUUUGAGGAAUGUAGUUUUAGAAUUUCCGGAGAUUUUUGAUGCACUGUGUUGGAAUAUUCAGAGGCAGUUUCAGUGGACCGAAGGAUCCAAUACAGGUUUAGCAAUUACUAUAAGGAACGAAGAGAAGGGGAUGGUGGAUUUGGAGGAGGGGGAUGCUAGGUUUCUUGGCUUGAUACUAAGGAGUGUUCAAAUAACACAUUUGGAUGCUAUGAAGGAAAGCAUGGAAAAGGGUGAUGUGGACAGGGCAAUUUCCCAUAUUCAGUAUCUGCAUUUUGAUUGUGGAGUAGCAGAGGAUGAGUAUCGAGCGGGCUUGCAACAACUCCUCAAGAGUGUAUUGUCAAGAAGGGAGGGGUUGGGAGACUCUUGGCAUUUGAUGCGAGAAAAGUUACUGCAGAUUUAUGAAGGAGCUCUUUCAUCAAACUGUACACAUCUUGUUCAAAUGAUUCAGGUCAUUCAAGAUGAAUUUCUCUCUGAAGAGAUUGAAAUGUACAGAGCUACUGAUAACAACCAAAUGCCACCCCCUCUGGAGCGUUUUAAAAGAUCCUUUACAGAAUCAAAGCUUGAUGCAAAUUCGAAUGACAAGAUCUCAUCAUCGAGCAUGGCAACUAAUUCUUGCAUGAGAGAUAUGUACCAUUAUGCUCGUGUUUCUGAAUUGCAUGUACUAGAAUGUGUUAUGGAUACAGCCCUGUCCACCAUAAAGCGAGAGCAGCUUCAAGAAGCUAGCAAUGUUCUUACACUAUUUCCACGGCUUCAGCCAUUGGUAGCUGUCAUGGGUUGGGAUCUAUUGGCUGGUAAAACAGCAGAAAGAAGGAAAUUGAUGCAGCUUCUGUGGACAAGUAAGUCCCAAAUACUCCGGUUGGAAGAGCCUUCUCUAUAUGGUAAUCAAUCAGAUGAGGUAUCUUGCAUAGAACAUCUUUGCGAUUCUUUAUGUUAUCAGCUUGAUCUUGCCUCUUUUGUUGCAUGUGUCAAUUCUGGUCAAUCAUGGAAUUCAAAAUCCUCAUUGCUGUUGUCUGGAAGAGAAACUAUGGCAAUUGGAGAAGAAGACAAUCAGUUUGACCCUUUUGUUGAAAAUUUUGUUUUGGAAAGACUUUCUGUUCAAAGUUCUCUGCGGGUAUUAUUUGAUGUAGUCCCUGGCAUCAAAUUUCAAGAUGCUAUUGAACUGAUAAGUAUGCAGCCAAUUGCUUCUAAUUUAGCAGCCUGGAAGAGAAUGCAAGAUGUUGAACUUAUGCACAUGCGAUAUGCUCUGGAAUCUGUUGUGCUUGCACUUGGAGCUAUGGAAAGGAGUACAAUUGAUGAAACAGAAAGCUACCACCAAAAAGCUAUAUACUAUUUGAAAGACAUGAGGAACCAUAUGGAGGCCAUUAAUAAUAUCCCACGCAAGAUAUUGAUGGUGACCAUUAUUGUCUCACUUUUGCAUAUGGAUGAUAUCUCUCUCAAUUUGACAAAUUGUGCCUCACCUGGGAGCUAUUCUGAAUUGGACAUUAGGUCUGCUUGGGAACGUACUGAUCUUACUACUUAUGAAGGGGGUAACAAAAUGGUCACAUCUUUCAUAGAGUUGCUACUUGAUGUAUUACAUAAUAAUUUACCAUCUGCUGCGUUGGAACAAGAUCAUGCAUUGGCUGGUGGUGUCACUACUGGUGGAAGACAGGCCUUAGAAUGGAAACUCUCAAGUGCUAGACAUUUCAUUGAUGAUUGGGAAUGGCGCUUGUCAAUUUUGCAAAGUCUUUUACCUUUAUCUGAACGCCAGUGGAGAUGGAAGGAAGCAUUAACUGUGUUGCGUGCAGCUCCAUCUGAGCUACUUAACCUCUGUAUGCAAAGGGCAAAGUAUGAUAUAGGAGAAGAGGCUGUCCAUCGAUUUUCCUUAUCUCCAGAAGAUAGAGCUACUCUUGAAUUAGCUGAAUGGGUAGAUGGUACCUUCAGAAGAGCAUCUGUAGAAGAUGCUGUGUCUCGUGCUGCUGAUGGAACUUCUGCUGUGCAAGAUUUAGAUUUUUCCUCUUUACGUUCGCAAUUAGGUCCUUUGGCUGCAAUUCUUCUUUGUAUUGAUGUUGCUGCAACUUCUGUAAGGUCCGCAGAUAUGUCCCUCCAGCUUCUGAAUCAGGCUCAAGUAAUGUUAUCUGAUAUAUAUCCAGGACGAGCUCCAAAGAUGGGCUCCACUUACUGGGAUCAGAUCCAUGAAGUUGGAGUAAUUUCUGUGACAAGGCGAGUUCUCAAGCGUCUACAUGAGUUCUUGGAGCAGGAUAAACCUCCUGCUCUUCCAGCAAUUUUGUCUGGAGAGAUAAUAAUUUCAUCAUCAAAGGAGACUUAUCGACAAGGACAAAGGGAACGUGCUCUUGCCAUACUCCAUCAGAUGAUUGAAGAUGCUCACAAGGGCAAGCGGCAGUUUCUGAGUGGUAAGCUUCAUAAUCUUGCAAGAGCUGUUGCUGAUGAAGAAACAGAAACAAGAGGGGAAGGCCCCUAUACUGAUCGGAAAGUUCUUUUAAACUUUGACAAGGAUGGGGUUCUUGGGCUUGGGCUGAGAGCUAUCAAACAGACACCCAGUUCAGCAGCAGGAGAAAACAAUAUGCAACCUGUGGGUUAUGAUAUCAAAGAUACUGGAAAAAGGCUUUUUGGUCCCAUAAGUGCAAAGCCCACAACUUUUCUUUCACAAUUUAUACUCCAUAUUGCUGCAAUUGGUGACAUAGUUGAUGGGACAGAUACAACUCAUGAUUUCAAUUUUUUCUCGCUUGUAUAUGAGUGGCCUAAAGAUCUUUUAACUCGUCUGGUCUUUGACCGAGGCAGCACUGAUGCAGCUGGAAAGGUAGCAGAAAUUAUGUGUGCUGAUUUUGUCCAUGAAGUGAUUUCUGCAUGUGUACCUCCAGUUUAUCCUCCAAGAUCUGGUCAUGGAUGGGCAUGCAUUCCAGUGAUUCCUACCUGUCCUAAGAGUAACUCAGAAAACAAAGUGCUUUCUCCCUCUUCUAGAGAAGCAAAGCCUAAUUUUUACAGCCGUUCCUCUGCAACACCCGGUGUCCCUCUAUACCCUCUCCAGUUGGAUAUAGUGAAGCAUUUGGUUAAACUAUCACCAGUGAGGGCCGUCUUAGCAUGUGUUUUUGGGAGUAGUAUAUUAUACAAUGGCAAUGAUUCAUCUCUCUCUAGUUCCUUGAAUAGUGGAUUACUGCAGGCACCUGAUGCUGACAGGUUAUUUUAUGAGUUUGCUCUUGAUCAAUCAGAAAGGUUCCCAACUUUGAACCGAUGGAUACAAAUGCAAACCAAUCUUCAUCGAGUUUCAGAGUUUGCUAUCACUGCUAAACAUACAGAUAAUGAUAGUAUGGUUAUACCUGAAGCAAGAACUGCUAUCAAGAGAUUUCGUGAACAUGACAGUGAUACUGAGUCAGAGGUUGACGAUAUUGUCAAUAGCAGUAAUCUUUCAACAACUUUUACUGACUUCAACAGUCAAACUAGUGUGGCUCCUGACAACUUGUGGCGUGAUUCUCCAAAACAUGAAAUUUCUGAAGAUACAACAGUGUUCCUUUCUUUUGAUUGGGAAAAUGAAGUACCCUAUGAGAAAGCUGUGGAGCGAUUAAUUGAUGAAGGAAACUUGAUGGAUGCUCUUGCUCUUUCGGAUCGCUUUCUGCGCAAUGGAGCCUCAGAUCGGUUACUUCAGCUACUCAUUGAACGUGGGGAAGAAAACCAUUCAGGAUCUGGACAACCUCAAGGUUAUGGAGGCCCUAGCAUUGGGAGCAACAGUUGGCAGUAUUGCCUGCGGUUGAAGGAUAAACAGCUGGCAGCUAGACUUGCCCUCAAGUAUUUGCACAGAUGGGAACUGGAUGCUGCUUUGGAUGUUCUUACCAUGUGCAGUUGCCACUUGACUCAAAGUGAUCCAAUUAGGAAUGAGGUCCUGCAAAUGAGACAAGCUCUGCAGAGGUACAAUCACAUUUUAUGUGCAGAUGAUCAUUAUAGCAGCUGGCAAGAGGUUGCAGCUGAGUGCAAGGAAGAUCCUGAGGGCUUGGCACUUAGAUUAGCUGGAAAAGGAGCUGUUUCUGCUGCUUUAGAAGUAGCUGAAAGUGCAGGAUUAUCAAUAGAGUUACGGAGGGAAUUGAAAGGUCGACAACUUGUGAAACUUCUCACUGCUGACCCCCUUAAUGGUGGAGGUCCAGCAGAAGCUUCACGAUUUCUUUCUUCACUAUGUGACUCUGAUGAUGCUCUACCAGUUGCAAUGGGUGCUAUGCAGCUCUUACCUAAUCUGCGGUCAAAACAACUUCUUGUUCACUUUUUCUUGAAGAGAAGAGAUGGUAAUUUAUCUGAUGUUGAGGUUUCCAGGCUUAACUCAUGGGCCUUAGGUCUUCGUGUUCUGGCCGCCUUGCCAUUGCCAUGGCAGCAAAGAUGUUCUUCCCUGCAUGAGCACCCUCAUUUAAUACUUGAAGUUCUGCUGAUGAGGAAACAACUGGAAUCUGCUUCUCUGAUCCUUAAAGAAUUUCCUUCCUUGAGAAACAACAAUGUAAUCAUUGCAUAUGCUGCCAAAGCUGUCAGCAUUAGCUCACCCUCCAGAGAACCUCGGAUCUCUGUUUCAGGUCCUAGACCUAAGCAAAAAACAAGGGCAGGUGCACCUACAAGGUCUUCUUUUUCCAGCAGUCUAAGUAACUUGCAAAAAGAGGCUCGUAGAGCUUUUUCCUGGACUCCACGCAACACUGGAGAAAAGGCUGCUCCAAAAGAUGUUUACAGGAAAAGAAAGAAUUCUGGAUUAUCACCAUCUGAACGAGUUGCUUGGGAAGCCAUGACUGGUAUUCAGGAGGAUCGUGUUUCAUCAUUCUCUGCCGAUGGACAAGAACGGCUUCCUUCUGUUUCUAUUUCUGAGGAAUGGAUGCUGACCGGUGACACCAAUAAGGAUGAAGCUGUUCGUUCAUCUCACCGAUAUGAAAGUGCUCCUGACAUCAUUCUCUUCAAGGCUCUGCUUUCUUUGUGUUCUGAUGAGUUGGUGUCUGCCAAAGGUGCACUGGACUUGUGUGUUAAUCAGAUGAAGAAUGUAUUGAGCUCCCACCAAUUGCCUGAAAAUGCAACUGUGGAAACUGUUGGUCGAGCAUAUCAUGCCACAGAAACCUUUGUACAGGGACUUUUCUUUGCUAGAUCUCUUCUGAGAAAGCUUGCUGGGGGUAGUGACUUGUCUAGUAAUCCUGAAAGAAGUAGGGAUGCUGACGAUACUUCCUCUGAUGCUGGCAGCUCUAGUAUGGGCAGUCAAUCCACAGAUGAGCUGUCUGAAGUUCUGUCACAAGCAGAGAUUUGGCUUGGACGUGCUGAGCUGCUACAGAGCCUUCUGGGAUCAGGAAUUGCUGCUUCUCUCAAUGAUAUAGCUGACAAAGAGUCAUCUGCACGUCUCCGUGACAGGUUGAUUGUAGAUGAACAAUACAGCAUGGCUGUAUACACUUGUAAGAAGUGUAAGAUUGAUGUUUUUCCUGUGUGGAAUGCAUGGGGACAUGCUUUGAUUCGGAUGGAGCACUAUGCACAAGCCCGUGUGAAAUUUAAGCAAGCUCUUCAGUUGUACAAGGGUGAUCCUGCACCUGUCAUUCUGGAAAUCAUUAAUACAAUUGAAGGAGGUCCCCCUGUUGAUGUUGCAGCUGUUCGCUCCAUGUAUGAUCAUUUGGCUAGAAGUGCACCAACAAUCUUGGAUGAUUCUCUUUCUGCAGAUGCAUAUCUCAAUGUCCUGUACAUGCCAUCUACAUUUCCUCGUUCAGAAAGAUCCAGGCGAGCUCUAGAAUCUGCAAGUAGUAACUCCAUAUAUAGUCCUGAUUUUGAAGAUGGACCUCGCAGCAACCUGGACAGUCUCCGAUAUCUUGAAUGUGUUAACUAUUUACAAGAAUAUGCACGUCAGCAUUUGCUUACUUUUAUGUUCAGGCAUGGUCAUUAUAAUGAUGGUUGCAUGCUGUUCUUUCCUACAAAUGCUGUUCCUCCUCCUCCUCAACCAUCAAAUCAUGGUGUAGUUACUUCAUCUUCAUCUCCUCAAAGGCAGGAUCUUUUGGCAACCGAUUAUGGGUCCAUUGAUGAUUUGUGUGACAUGUGUAUUGGAUAUGGUGCCAUGUCUGUUUUGGAGGAAGUGAUAUCAACAAGAAUGUUGUCUACAAAUCUACAAGAUGUAGCAGUGAAUCAAUACACUGCCGCAGCACUUGCUCGUAUUUGCACCUAUUGUGAAACUCAUAAGCAUUUCAAUUAUCUAUACCAGUUUCAGGUAAUCAAGAAGGACCAUGUUGCUGCUGGGCUUUGCUGUAUUCAGUUAUUUAUGAAUUCUUCUUCACAAGAGGAAGCUAUAAAACAUUUAGAGCAUGCCAAGAUGCAUUUUGAUGAAGGGCUGUCAGCACGCCACAAAGCUGGCGAUUCUACUAAACUUGUCACCAAGGGUAUCCGAGGAAAGAGUGCCUCUGAAAAACUUACUGAAGAAGGACUUGUCAAGUUUUCUGCUCGGAUAUCAAUCCAGGUUGAUGUUGUAAAGUCUUUUAAUGAUUCAGAUGGACCACAGUGGAAGCAUUCUUUUUUUGGAAAUCCAAAUGAUCCUGAAACUUUCAGGAGAAGAUGUGAGAUUGCAGAGACUCUAGUGGAGAAGAAUUUUGAUUUGGCUUUCCGACUGAUAUAUGAAUUCAAUCUUCCUGCUGUUGAUAUAUAUGCUGGUGUUGCUGCAUCACUUGCUGAGAGAAAAAAGGGUGGGCAAUUGACAGAAUUCUUCAGAAACAUCAAAGGCACUAUCGAUGAUGAUGAUUGGGAUCAGGUCCUAGGGGCUGCAAUAAAUGUAUAUGCCAACAGACACAAAGAACGCCCUGAUCGGCUCAUAGACAUGCUGACAAGUAGCCACAGGAAGGUGCUGGCUUGUGUGGUUUGUGGGCGUCUAAAAAGUGCCUUCCAGAUUGCCUCUCGAAGUGGAAGUGUGGCUGAUGUUCAAUAUGUAGCGCAUCAGGCAUUGCAUGCAAAUGCACUACCCGUGCUCGACAUGUGCAAACAAUGGUUGGCUCAGUACAUGUAAUUUGUUCCCCAAGGAAAUGCAGCUAUUUCAAAUCAUUUCCAUAAAGAUGUAAUUCGGUAACCUGGCUGCACAUGAAGCAAGUUUUGGAGCUGCCAACCCGGCUUUGCUCAACGAAAAUAGAAAGAAAUCAGUGGUAACAUUAUUUCUGCCACUGUGUUCCAACAAUCUGUCAUUUGGAGCUGCUUUUGAUCUUAUGAGUUGGCUCAGUUUCAUGGAUAUUGAUGUUGUAAUUUUUGCCGAAGCUGGGAGGAUGUGAAGAGAAUACUACUUGAGAAGGACAAAUGCUCUCCCCCUCCUGAAUUUCUUUUUACUUUCUAUAAUCUACACCUGUAGACUAAGGGAAAACAACUAUAUGUUUAUUCUUUUGUUGGUUGAAUUUGGCCUUGCCUUCAAUAAUCUAGCUUCUCAAUAAACUCUUAAAAGAAUUUUCUUCUUUUUUUCCCCCAAAAACAUCUUUUUGGGCGGUGAUUGUAUUGACUACUUCAUUGUGUCAUCUGGAGAUCCUAAAAGAUUUGAAUAAAAUAUUAAAAUCAUGUACACACAA